CAGCAAACAAACCAUUAGCACAAGACUACAGUGUGCUCUACCGGCGUACACCUCACCCAAAGCGUCUAGUACGGAUAAUGCGUACAGAAUUAUUUGGCGCAUCGGUGGAGCAUGUGCUUUUCGCGGGACGACUUCGAUCAAAACGCGAAGGCCGUKGUCGCUGCUUUGAGAUCUGCGGACAGGGAAGCCUGCGAGCGCUCGUCCCGUGCCAACAACGACAAUGCCAGAUCGUUUGCUCUUUGUCACUGGGAGUUGYGUAGCGAGAACGAUGGGUGUCACUCGCGGCUGUAUCUUACGCAUCCGACAAUCACGUUGUCCAACAGAGCCUCGACGUUGGCAAACCAAAAAGACACGAUCUUUCUCGCAUCAGGUGGCGACGAUUUUGUGGACGAAGGCAUCAUUGUCGAUGACGAAUGCURCUUGGAGGAAACCGCCACAAAUAACAAGCAGCAGGCGUUGCAAGUCGCUACGCAGUGGAAAUUUAGUAUCAUAUACAGUUCUACAUACCAAGCUCCCGUGCUUUACUUCAGCGUCCAGGAUGUCAACGGAAACCCGGUGGGGAGGCGGCUUCUUUUAGAAGUCCUCGAAGCAGCACAUCAGCGGUCGAUAUAUACAGCGAGCAACGACUUUCCCUCAGACAYGUGGGACUUCUUGUCUCAGGAAGAGCAUCCUUUGACCGGACUGUCUUCCUUUUUCCUUCACCCUUGCCAAUCGGCGCAACGGUUGCAAUGCCUAACAGAYGUCACUAAUAAAAGUCCUACAGUUACAAAUUCGGUAGCARCAGCGGUGGCCACCAAUGGUUUUACCAGAAUGAGUGUUCUCUGGUCCUGGAUGUCUAUGAUUCUGCCUGCCGUAGGCCAUUCUGUUCCUCCGGUUUACUUUCAACAAAUACAAAACCGCAUCGCUCAUCAGAGUACUAGUACAAUGCCAUAAAACUUCAGCCUCAUGGAGACAUCGAGAGCAGCUUCGAGGUUUCGUCAACAGGUUCAAUUUCGCUUCCCUUCUUAGCAUCGUCUUCUUUACCAUCCUUUGCGGUUGUUGCCAAUGCUUGUUUGGUGGCAUGUCCGUAUCCAAUAACACCACCGGUAACGGUGACACAAGAAAUAAAUUUUCCAUUCGAAAAGCACAUCUCGGGUCCUCCGAUUCUGUUGCAAUACAGAAGAUUUGUAAGGACAAAGACCAGUACAGCCUGUAYGCCUUUCAUUACGCCGGCACUGGUUGCACCGCCAGGGAAAUGAAGAAGGGUGUAGAAAUAUGUAUAGGAAUGCACGACGUUCGACAUUCCGAAGCCGGCGAGAAGGAUCAAAGCGUACCAAAUAGUCGUCCCAGCGUUAUGCAUGGGAAUUCGAAUAAGUUCGGCAGAGUGCGGCAGUGUGUAGACCACCUGCCAUCCCAAAAACACCCCCCCGGCAACAGAUCCCUGGACAAAAUUGUUCUGUGCAGCGGUCAGCCUCUCUUCGCCAACGGUCAUGACGGCUUCGCAUAUUACGUAGGUCAAUCCGUGCAUUGCGGAUCCUAGUAUAGUCAAUAGGCUUCCCUUUAGUACGUCUUCCCCCAUAUUGACCGAAUCAGUCGCGGUCAUGGUCAACCCAACGAAUACUACAAGUACGUAAACCCAUUGCCGAAGAUUCAUUUUCCGCCCCAAAAAMAGUUGCGAAAAAAUUGCAGUCCAUAUCGUGACAGAAGAAUAUAUUAUGGCAAAUAGU